GAUGCUUUUGCUCCUUUGGUUUGGGUUCUUGCUGCUGCUCCCACUCAACUCCAGGACACAGAAAUUACCUACCAGAGAUGAGGAACUUUUUCAGAUGCAAAUCCGGGACAAAGCAUUUUUCCAUGAUUCAUCAGUAAUUCCAGAUGGAGCUGAAAUUAGCAGCUUUCUCUUCAGAGAUGCACCUAAAAAGUAUUUCUUUGUGGUGGAAGAAGACAACACUCCUUUAGCAGUUACUGUAACACCAUGUGACGCUCCUUUGGAAUGGAAGCUGAGCCUGCAGGAACUUCCAGAAGAAGCCAGUGGAGAAGGUUCAGGUGAACCAGAACCACUUGAGCAGCAGAAACAACAGAUUAUUAAUGAAGAAGGAACAGAACUGUUCUCUUACAAAGGCAAUGAUGUUGAAUAUUUUGUGUCUCCCAGUUCCCCAUCUGGUUUGUACCAAUUAGAGUUGCUGUCGACUGAGAAGGAUACAUAUUUUAAAGUGUAUGCAACAACAACUCCAGAGUCAGACCAGCCUUAUCCUGAAUUACCUUAUGAUCCAAGAGUUGAUGUCACCUCUCUUGGACGCACAACAGUCACAUUGGCAUGGAAACCAAGCCCUACAGCAUCUUUACUGAAACAGCCAAUUCAGUAUUGCAUAGUCAUCAAUAAAGAACACAAUUUCAAAAGCCUCUGUGCUGUUGAAGCUAAGCUCAAUUCGGAUGAUGCCUUCAUGAGGGCUCCAAAACCAGGCCUGGAUUUCAGCCUCUUCGACUUUGCCCAUUUUGGCUUCCCUUCGGACAACAACCCUGGCAAAGAACGUAUCUUCUUAAAAUCAUCAUCGAAGCUUAGUCGCCAAAUGUCUUCGAAGCCAAGAGUUGACCUGCAGAAGAUUUGCAUUGGGAACAAGAAUAUUUUCACAGUGUCUGAUUUGAAGCCUGAUACACAGUACUAUUUUGACAUGUUUGCAUUAAAUGUUAACACAAAUAUGAGUACUGCUUAUGUUGGCACCUUUGCCAGAACUAAAGAAGAAGCCAAACAGAAGACGGUUGAACUGAAAGAUGGGAAAGUUACAGAUGUGUUUAUCAAAAGAAAGGGGGCUAAAUUUCUACGGUUUGCUCCUGUUUCAUCACACCAAAAAGUUACUUUCUUUGUUCAUUCGUGCCUGGACGCUAUUCAGAUCCAAAUCAGAAGAGAUGGAAAACUUCUCUUGUCUCAAAAUGUUGAGGAGGUCCGUCAGUUCCAGCUUAGAGGAAAACCAAAAGCUAAAUAUCUAAUUAGGCUGAAAGGAAGUAAGAAAGGUGCCUCCAUGUUGAAGAUCUUAGCUACUACAAGACCUAAUAAGCAGUCAUUUCCGUCUCUUCCUGAAGACACAAGAAUCAAAGCCUUCGAUAAACUUCGUACUUGUUCUUCAGCCACAGUGGCCUGGCUAGGCACACAAGAAAGAAACAAAUUUUGCAUCUACAAAAAGGAAGUGGAUGACAAUUAUAGUGAAGAGCAAAAGAAAAGAGAACAGAACCAGUGCUUGGGUCCAGACACAAGGAAGAAAUCAGAGAAAGUCCUCUGUAAAUAUUUUCAUAGCCAAAAUCUGCAGAAAGCAGUUACCACAGAGACAAUUAAAGGCCUGCAGCCCGGCAAGUCCUACUUACUGGAUGUUUAUGUCAUAGGGCAUGGAGGACACUCAGUCAAAUAUCAGAGUAAAUUGGUGAAAACAAGGAAGUUCUGUUAGUGACCUUGCAUAUAGAAAUAUAUGGAACUCCCCCAGUCUGAACACUAUCCUACUUUCAGUAAACAGAUUGACUACUUUCACAGCUGAGAAGUUGUGACCGGUAUUUGUACUGUGUAGAAAAAAAAAUAUCAACUUGUAUAUUUAUGUUUACAUAAGUAAUUGUCUGGAGGGACUGAGCUUGGUGCUUUUCAUUAGCAUCUGGCUAUUGUAUUAUCAUGUGUCCAGUGGUCCACGUUUGAUGCUCAGUAGAUGUCCAAGAUAGCAGGAAACGUUGAAGGUACUACCAUCAUUUUUGCUUCCAUACUGCAUGAACUGCUUCUAAAUUAUUUUAUUACUUAAAGGCUGAGACAAAUCACUCAACUGGUUGUUAUUCACACUCACAAUACACAUACAAUCACUUUUGCUUUUUGUAGAUGGUAGGAUUUCUGUAAAUUAUUUUAUAAAGUUUCAUUUUAAAUGUUCGUUUAUAUGAUUAAUAUACAGAUCUAAACUAAGUAUUAACUGGACUGCACAUGUCUGUUUCACUGCUAAUGUAAAUUCUUAUUCGGUUAAUUUUAAUGUUUAAAUACUGUAUGUAUUUCAUGUACAAAGUUGUCAUACAUUAUAUUCCUGUACAUAAAAUUAAAAAUAUUAGAUUAUAUAUUGCUUCACUUAUCUUGAAGUUCCCAGGGUGGGACUAAGCACUCGGCUACAUACAAAUGUAACCCAAAUGCAGUAGGCUUGUAUGGAGUUGAGUUUUAAAUGUGUUAGAAAAGAUGUCUGAAGAUCUGUAGAAUUACUAUUGCUAUUGAGGAAAUUUGUUAGCAAUUUGUAAUUUAAUAUAAGAUAUUGGAAAAAGAGCUGCUGCUGCAACAUUGAGAUUGAUAUGAUAAAAGUAUGAAAAGAA